GCACGCCUCUCCCGAGCUGCGCUCGUGCCUACUUUCCCUCUCGGCUUCACUCAUUCAUAGCCUUUCCCCUCAUCUCGGAGUUGCUUCCUCACUCUCUGUCCUUGCAUUUCCACAGCAUCUCCAGUCUUUCCUCGAGCCCAUUCCAACACUUCAUAAUGGUUCAGCUCUCCACCAAGUUCCUCAUUGCCGUCUCCGUGGCUGCCGUCCAUGUGCACGGUUUGCCCUUCACGAAGCGCAUCGCCCAGACGAUCGCAGAUUCGACGACCAAGUGGGUCGCUGCAUGUGAAACCGCCGGCGGAGGCUCCCAGUGCAACACGGUCUCCGUGAACGCGUUUGAGACGCUACUCAUCGCCGCGGGCGUCUGCGACCAGCAGAACGCCGCCGACUCUAUGGUCGACCUUGCCAAGCAGCUCAACAACAACCAGGACAUGAUCACGCUCGCGCAGAUAUUCGUGCAGCAGCCGCGCAACACGCCCAACUCCCUCGCGGUGCCCUACUGCCAGCAGGCACCCAACAACACCGAGCUGAACGGCCUGUACCAGUGCCAGUUCCAGAGCGCGAACCAGAACCAGUUCGUCGGUGGCCUCGCGGUCGGCGCAGCAGGCACGAUUCCCUUCGGCCUCAGCGCGCCCUUGUCCCCUCUCGGCUCCUGCCCCGCGAACCCGUCGGGGCCCAUCACCGAUAGCGCGCAGCUCGUCGACAUCACGCAGAACCCGGGUACCGGCACGACCUCCACGAACACGGGCAGUAACGCCGCGAGCGCCACCGCAACCGGGACGGCGUCUGCAGUCUCUGCGUCUGCCUCCGCCACCGGCGACGAUGGCGACGACACUGACGACAACUCGUGCGGUGCCGCGUCCGCCACCGGCGGCGAGGCCAUCGCUACUUCUGUCGCCACCUCAGCCGCCGCUAGCUCCACCGCCUCCACGUCUUCUUCCGGCUUCAAGCUCUCGAACGGCCAGGCCGCGCAGAAGCUGAACGCGCAGUUCGCGAGCCUCACGGCGGGCUCGUCGUGCACCUCGGGCACGGACGCGUGCGUCGGCGGGGCCUUUGCGCAGUGCGUCGACGGCGCGUACGUGACGCAGAGCUGCGGGACGGGUGUCUCGUGCUUCGCGCUGCCGCUCGUGAACAGCCCAGGCACGUCUAUCACCUGCGCGACGGAGGCCGACGCGACGUCGCGCAUCGCGGCCACGGGCGCGACGGGCGGCCUCACAGGCAGCAACUAGGCACUGAACUCGCUUGUCGCGUUGGACUGGAGGGAGUGUGGUUCGGGAGCCACGCCUAGUACCCACGGUCCAUUUGUUUCUCUCGCAUUGCAUUGAUCUGCAUACAUGAUUCACGUUCACGUUCACGGGCAUUCGCACUCGCAGCAAUGUUUGUAGCUCUAGUCUCACUCGCAUUACGGUUCUUGACGGAAUGCUGGCGCUAUGUUUUGUAGCAUCACGAAGUCAAUAGGUUAUGUUUCUUUUU